UAAACUGCCUCUUUAUGUCUAUACUGUAUAAAUAAAAAUAUUAUUUUGUUUUGAGAUUUCAUACUGUUCUGUAACGAAAUCAAUUUUAGAGGCUGGUUUACACCCGGAAACAUGGUAUGUGUUAGCAUAAGUGAGUCAUAUUUUUGGACGUACCAGAAAACUGUUUAACUGUUAACUUUUUAAAUGAACAUUAGAAAAGAUUGACUAUUUUAGUUCUCGACUAAAGCAGCAUGUCUUACUUGGAGUGGGCUGAGUCUCAGCUUGCAGAGAUAGAGCUGCUAACCAGCAUGUUCCCCACCGUGGAGGAGCUGGAGUUCACUGACCAGCUGGCACUAGCCGAGCUCAGGGACUACGUGGAGGGCUCAGCUUCAACAGGCGGCCCUCCACCGUCCAGACCCCAGUUUCUCAUCAAACAAAAGCUGGACUCUGCGAACACGGAGGGGACGGUGUUCAUUCUGUCCUGUGCUUACCCAUCUGAAUAUCCUAGUGUGUUACCAGAAAUAACAGUCCGGUGUUCUGGUCUCAGUAGGGCCCAGCAGACACAGCUCCAGGCACUUCUUAAUGCAUACCUCAUGGAAAACUGCCAGGGGGAAAUAUGUGUGCUCUCUGCUGUUGAAUGGGUGAAAGACAACCUCCAGCUUUUUAUUGAUAAGAGCUUAUUAGAAGCCCCAGCUCCUAAGAAGGAGUCUGCCUCUCCUCGGAUGCCUGAAGUGUUCAGCCGGCUGUGGAUCUACAGUCACCACAUUUACAACAAGUCAAAGAGGAAGAACAUCUUGGAUUGGUCAAAGGAACUGGGCCUGUCAGGAUUUAGCAUGCCUGGGAAACCUGGUAUUGUGUGUGUGGAAGGUCCUCAAUCUGCCUGCGAGGAUUUCUGGUCCAGAGUGAAGGUUUUGACAUGGAAGAAGAUCAUGAUUCGACACAGAGAGGAUAUUUCCCUUGAUUGUCAGAGUGAGGACAGCAGGCUUGUUGAACGUAUAGACUCCCUGCGCAAAUUUACAGGCUUUGAAGAAGCAAUGUUUGACCCCCAUGGAAACAGAGGCAAUCACAUGGACCUUGGGCAGCUCUACCAGUUCUUGAAUGAGAAAGGCUGUUGUGAAGUCUUUCAGAUGUAUUUUGGCAUUGAAGGGAGGUAGUAGUCAGACCGAGAUAGUGGAUGUACAUAGUUUUUGUACUGGUGCCUUGUCACUGAAAUUACUUAUUUUGAAAAUAACUUUUAAAUGAAAUGGGAAUGCAAUAAGCUGAUAAAAUGAAAUAAAUUAACUGCAGCGUUUUUUGGGUUUCAAAGUUGUCAUACCUGCAAAAUUCACUGGAAUAAAAAGCAGAAAGAACAUUUCUGCAAUUUUGA